UCCAUGGCUCAAAUUUCACCAUCUCCCUCUGCUAGUCCCUCCUUAAGCAUCCCCUGUCAGGAGACACAAGAACCCACAGUAAACUUGAACCUUAUGAUCAUCGUGGCAGCCAUGUUGUGUGCCUUGGUUUGUGCCUUAGGCCUUCAAUCCAUGCUACAAUGUGUAUUUCAAUGCACGCAUCGUGCUGUGACAGAGCCGAGGGAAUGGGUGGCCUCCCGUAGACUAAACUCGGGCCUUAAGAAGAAAGAAAUGGUAGCUUUGCCAACUUCAACUUAUGCCCAUUCAGGCUCACCAUCAUCUUCUUCAGGUUGUGCAAUUUGCCUCGCAGAUUUCCUGGAUGGCGACAAAAUACGGAUGCUUCCCAAAUGCAACCAUCGCUUCCAUGUUGCUUGCAUCGAUAAAUGGCUGCUCUCUCACUCUUCCUGUCCUACUUGUCGACAUAGGCUCAAGUCCAAUGACUCCGUGCCCUCCUUGGAUCAAAUUGUCACAGCUUUGUGAAGUUGUU